CACAUAGCACACAGAGAAGACGACCGAGGUACAACGCAAACUACUUUAUCCUUUUACAUUUUGAACUCAUCGUUUCAAUAUGAGUCAAAGUGGGUUUGCGGCAGGACGGUCAGCCCCCGAUAAGGUGGACAUGUCAUUAGAUGACAUUAUUCGGCUGAAUAGACAAGAGCAGCAGUCCAGAAGAAAGAAGCCCGUAAGGAAGGCUGGUCUGGUCCAGGGGAAACCCGGCUCUGUGAGGAACUCGGCACCAGUCCAACGAGGAGGUGGUGUGUUACGAGGAGGUGUGUCGAAGUUAAGAAGAAAAAUGAUCCUUCCCCAAAUGACUCGAAAACGGGGUCAGGGUGUUAUCACUGGGCUGGCAUCCAGGAGACCCACUUCAUUACAAAGAGGGUUCAACCUGACCAAUAGAACAACAUACAAACAGAGAACAGGCCAGCGGGCGGGACAGAGGUUUGGACGGGGGAUGGGACAGAGGGCCGGGCCUGUUGUUCAGCGGCCUGAAGUCCAGUACCAGGGGCCCGGGCCCCAGACGGGGCCGUACAGGGGGGGGCUGGCGGACCAGCAGGGGUGCCACAUGUCAGCCGCUACUGGCAGGAGACCCUUUCAGCUUCGGAGACCCCUGCCUCCUGCCCAUCAGGCCCAGAGAGACACUCGCCAGGCCACAUUUCUAUCCCUUCGCGGACUGAAGGUCCACACCCAAGUACGGAGGCAGAGUCCUCACACCGCACCAGUAAGAACUCGUCAGGGGCACAACUCUACCAAAAGCAACGGCCUCCUGACUGUAUCAAUUGACAACCCUACUGCCAGAACACAACCCGAGCCUCCGACGGUCUGGUCCCUGCACCCACAGCCCCCCCCACCAGCUGUUAAGAUGGAGCCAGAGGAGAAGAAGACGCCUAAAGGAGUGCCUCUUCAGUUUGACAUCAACACUGUCGCUAAACCACAGACAGCGAUGACUUUGAACGAGAGAUUCCGCAUCCUGAAGGAUCAACGUACCACCACACAACACAAUAAAGGCAGCAGAUUUGUUUCUGUGAGUUAGUUUGCCUUGUCCUCACCCACUCACUAAACCCUGUUGGCCAGGGAGGUUAAAGCUGCAGUCAGGAUUUGAGCCUAACUCACUGAAAAUAGUGUGACGCAAAGCAUGCUGGACUUUGGGGACACACUCCUGUGGAAAAGGCUCCUGGAGUAUGAAGGCACAGAAUACUCUGAAAGCCUCCCAGAUAGGCAUCAUGGAAGAAAGUUUCUUUUUAAUGUACAAUUCAUAUCCAUAUUUUAUGCCGUUUGACUUGGAUUGUCAAGAUACUGUGCUGGGGUGGAAUUUUUUAUCUUUUGGGUCAAGUUUUAUUCUAGAUUGUUGGAAUCAAUUUUGAAAUGUUUUGUAUCUUUUGCUCAAAUAAAUGUCACUUUCAUUUGUA